AAUAAAAUUUUAUCACUUAUAUAAAAAUUAUUACAUAUUCAUCUUGAGGUAUAAUUUUAAAUAAGCAGUCCCAAGUACAUUAUUACGGAUCUUGUAAAGUCCGAUGUCUAGUGCUGAAGUGGCGGAGAGUUCUAUUGAUCCCCCAAAUAAAAAACGACGUAUUGCCAAUACGGCAGGAGGUGUUGAAAACCUCUUAAAUAUCGCAGGCAUGGCAAAGAAUGGUUCCAAAACUAAUCAAGUUAAUUCAGACAUUGAUGAGGGACUUUAUUCGCGUCAGUUAUAUGUUCUGGGCCAUGAUGCUAUGCGUCGUAUGGCAAGUUCAGAUGUUCUUAUUUCAGGGCUUGGUGGAUUAGGUGUUGAGAUAUCUAAAAAUGUCAUACUUGGUGGAGUAAAAUCAGUUACUUUACAUGAUAAUGUUAUUUGUCAAGUAAAUGAUUUAGGAUCCCAAUUUUACUUGAGUAAAGAUGAUAUUGGAAAAAAUCGUGCUAAAGCAUGUUAUCAACGGUUAUCAGAAUUAAAUAAUUAUGUACCAACAAAAUAUUAUUCUGGGGUAUUAACAGAUGAAUUUUUAAAGAAAUUUAGUGUCAUUGUUAUUACUGAAACAUCGUUAAAAGAACAACUACGCAUUGCUGAAAUCACUCGAAAAAAUAAUAUUGCCCUUAUCAUUGGAGAUACAAGAGGCCUCUUUUCUCAAAUAUUUUGUGAUUUUGGAGAUAACUUUUCAGUAAUUGAUACAACUGGGGAAUCACCUGUUAAUGCUAUGAUAGCCAGUAUUUCACGAGAUAAUCAAGGUAUUGUGACAUGUCUUGAUGAUACACGUCAUGGAAUGGAAGAUGGUGAUUAUGUAACAUUUUCUGAAAUACAAGGUAUGAUUGAAUUGAAUGGCCGUCCACCAAGUAAAAUUAAAGUUCUCGGACCUUACACAUUUAGUAUCGGAGAUACAUCAACUUAUUCUGAAUAUACUCAAGGAGGUAUAGUAACUCAAGUAAAAAUUCCAAAAACAUUAAAAUUUCACGCAUUUGAUGAAGCACUUACACAUCCAGAAAUUGUCAUCUCUGAUUAUGGAAAAUUUGAGUAUCCACAACAAUUACACUUGGCUUUCCUUACUUUACAUCAUUUUGUUGAAAAGAAUAACCAAUUACCUAGAGCUUGGAAUGAUAAUGAUUUUCAGGAAUUUUUACAAUUAGCAAACAUUAUACAUGACAAAUAUAAUUUUAAUUUUGGCUUACAAGAAGAACUUCUCUCUUUGUUUUGUAAAACAUCUAGUGGUCAGUUUAGUCCAAUGAAUGCAGUUGUAGGAGGUAUUAUUGCUCAAGAAGUUAUGAAAGCUUGUUCAGGAAAAUUUCAUCCAAUAUAUCAAUGGUUAUAUUUUGACGCUGUUGAAUGUUUACCAAAAAAUAAUUCUGCAAUUAAUGAAGAAAAUUAUCAACCGAUUGGAUCUCGUUAUGACUGUUUAAUUUCUAUAUUUGGGACAGAGUUUCAAAGUAAAUUGGCAAAUUUAAAGUAUUUUAUAGUUGGGGCUGGUGCUAUUGGAUGUGAACUACUUAAAAAUUUUGCCAUGCUUGGAAUUGCAGCAAAAGAUGGAUGUAUUACAGUUACUGAUAUGGAUUUUAUAGAAAAAUCAAAUCUUAAUCGGCAGUUUCUAUUUAGACCUUCUGAUGUUCAAAAAUCGAAAUCUUCAACAGCAGCUAGAGCUAUAAAGAAAAUGAAUUCUGAAAUUAAAAUAUGUGCUCACGAAAAUCGCGUUGGUCCAGAAACAGAAAAGAUCUAUAAUGAUGACUUUUUUAAAUCUUUAGAUGGAGUAGCAAAUGCACUCGAUAAUGUUGAUGCACGAAUUUAUGUAGAUCGUCGUUGUGUCUAUUACCGCAAACCACUUCUUGAAUCUGGUACUUUAGGAACUAAGGGAAAUACUCAAGUAGUGGUACCAUUUUUAACCGAAUCUUAUAGUUCUUCGCAAGAUCCACCUGAAAAAAGUAUACCUAUAUGUACUUUAAAAAAUUUUCCAAAUGCUAUAGAACAUACUCUUCAAUGGGCUAGAGAUACUUUUGAAGGACUAUUUAAACAGUGUGCUGAAAAUGCUGCUCAAUAUAUCAGUGAUCCGCAUUUUAUUGAAAGAACUCUAAAAUUACCAGGAGUACAACCAUUAGAAGUUUUAGAAUCAGUUAAAACAGCUUUGGUAGAUGAAAGGCCUAAGACAUUUGAAGAAUGUCUUGUGUGGGCUCGAUGUCAUUGGCAAGAUCAAUAUAAUAAUCAAAUAAGACAACUUUUGUUUAAUUUUCCACCUGAGCAAAUAACAUCAAGUGGUCAACCAUUUUGGUCUGGACCAAAGCGUUGUCCAAUUCCCUUAGAUUUUGACAUAAAUAAUGCACUCCAUAUGGAUUAUAUUAUUGCUGCAGCUAAUUUAAAAUCAGCUGUGUAUGGAGUACCUGUUAAUAAAAAUCGUGAAGAAAUCAUUAAAAUUAUAUCUGUUGUUGAAGUACCAGAGUUUACUCCAAAAUCAGGUGUUAAAAUAGCUGAAACAGAUUCCCAAGUUCAAGUUUCAAAUGGAAAUGGAAAUAUUGAUCAUGAACGAUUAAGUCAACUCCAGGCUGAUCUACCAAAAGUAGAAGAAUUGAAAGGUCUUAGUAUUAAUCCACAAGAAUUUGAGAAAGAUGAUGACAAGAACUUCCAUAUAGAUUUUAUAGUAGCUGCUUCAAAUCUUAGAGCUGCGAAUUAUAGAAUUCAAGCAGCUGACAGACAUAAAAGUAAAUUAAUUGCUGGGAAAAUUAUUCCUGCUAUAGCAACGACUACUAGUGUUGUAGCUGGUUUAAUAUGUUUUGAAUUAGUAAAAUUAGCACAAGGUUUCACAGAUCUAUCUUUAUAUAAAAAUGGAUUUAUUAAUCUUGCUCUACCAUUUUUUGGGUUUUCUGAACCUAUAGCAGCGCCAAAAUUAAAAUAUUAUGAUAAAGAAUGGACUUUAUGGGACAGGUUUGAAGUUCAGGGAGAAAUGAAUUUAAAAGAAUUUCUAGAAUAUUUCAAACAGAAGCAUAAUUUAGAAGUUACAAUGCUCUCUCAAGGAGUUUGCAUGCUUUAUUCAUUUUUUAUGGCUAAACAAAAAUGUCAAGAACGAAUGAACUUAUCAAUGUCAGAAGUAGUAAAAAAAGUUUCGAAAAAAAAACUUGAACCUCAUGUACGUGCUCUUGUUUUUGAACUAUGCUGUAAUGAUGUAGAUGGAAAUGAUGUCGAAGUCCCCUAUGUCCGAUAUACAUUAAAUUAAAUAUAAAUUAAUUCUCUUACUAAUAAAAUUUUAAUACUAA